CCUUCUAUCUUAUUCCAUGUAGGUCACCUAUCUAUAGUUCAUGAUUGUGUAUGUGAAAAAGUGAGGUUAUAGUUUAUUGUUUUUGUCUGCAAAAUACACCUAAAUUGAGUUAAAAUGAAUGAUACGAAAGUGUAACAGUAAGAAUUAUGUCUUUCAGAAUAUUACAACAGCUCAGGCAAAGUUACUUAGUGUAUGGUCGAGUGAGCUCCAGACUGAACAGUUUGGAAGUUAACAAUUACUUGAGUCAAGCAACAACAGCAUUAGGAAUUUCGACUAUAGUUCUCGGAGUUAAAAAUGCUGAUUUAAAAACACAACUCGAGGAAAAAACUACAACUGCAUCAGAAGUUAAUAAAACAACUUCUAUAGUGACUACAACAACUACAAAAAUACCAACAACAACAACUACAACUGCAUCAGAAGUUAAUAAAACAACUUCUAUAGUGACUACAACAACUACAAAAAUACCAACAACAACAACAACAUCAACAACAACUGCUACUACUACCACUACUACUACAGAAGCUCCUCCAGACAUGUCCAAAUACCGCCUGCCAGGAAAUGCCAUACCUACGAUUUAUGACCUCUACCUUUAUCCCGACUUAAAAACAGGACUUUUUAAAGGAAAAGUUACCGCUCAAACGGAUAUUGUUGCGACAACGAAUGAAGUCAUUAUGCAUAACAAUAAAUUAAACGUGAAUCAAGUUUUGAUCUAUGAUCAACCAGGAACUUUUGAACUGGAUCAGAAAUAUGAACUACUAACUGUGAGAAAAUUAGACGGAUCACAAUUCCUAAAAGGUAGUUCUGUUAACAUAACGGUCGAUUUUGACGGAGAUAUGAAGAACAGAAUUGUGGGGCUGUAUAAAAGUUCGUACACAAAUCCGGCAGGAGAACAAAGAAAUAUGGCCACUUCAAAAUUCGAACCCACCUACGCCCGUCAAGCUUUCCCCUGUUUCGACGAACCCAACUUAAAAGCCAAAUACAAAGUUCAUCUUUUAAAACCCAAUGAUCCUGAAUACAUCGCUUUAUCAAAUAAUCCGCAAGAUAGUGAAGAAAUCGUCCCUGAAGGUGUUAUGGUACAUUUUAACGAAACGGUACCAAUGUCCACGUAUCUAUCAUGUUUUAUCGUGUCAGAUUUUAAAUAUACAAAUACAACGUUUCAAAAUGGUGGACAAGACAUUCCUUUCAGGGUUUACGCAAGUCCCCAUCAACUCGAAAAGACGACUUAUGCGGGAGAAGUUGGGAAAAAAGUUAUAGAGUACUAUAUAACGUACUUUGCUAUUCCAUAUCCGCUACCAAAAUUGGACAUGGUAGCGAUUCCCGAUUUCGUUUCGGGAGCAAUGGAACACUGGGGUCUCGUGACCUAUCGAGAAACCGCUCUUUUAUACAACAAUAAAACACAUUCGGCCAGUAACAAACAAAGAGUAGCGGAAGUAGUAGCUCACGAACUUGCACAUAGCUGGUUUGGAAAUCUAGUCACGAUGGAUUGGUGGAACAAUUUAUGGCUAAAUGAAGGUUUUGCAACGUAUAUUGCCGCUAAAGGAAUCCAUGCAAUCACACCGGAAUGGCAAAUGAUGGACCAAUUCCUCAUUAACACACUUCAUUCAAUUCUUUCAUUGGACGCCACACAAGGUUCACACCCAAUCAUUCAAACUGUUGAAACGCCUGAUCAAAUCACCGAAGUGUUUGAUUCCGUCUCGUACAAUAAAGGCGCGUCUGUAUUGAGGAUGUUAGAGACGGUUGUAACUCCAGCAACAUUUCAAAAAGGUGUAACUAAUUAUCUAAAAAAACAUGAGUAUGGUAAUGCAGUUACACAGGACUUGUGGGAUGAAAUACAAGCUGUGGUGGGUGAUACUUUAAAUGUUACCGAAUUUAUGAAUACCUUUACCGUACAAAUGGGUUAUCCAAUAUUAGAAGCCAAAGUUGAAGGAAAUACUUAUACGUUCACACAGAAACGAUUUUUAAAGGAUUAUGACACGGCAAGGACGCAGAAAAGCUCACCUUUAAAUUACAAAUGGAGUGUCCCCGUCAAAUUCAUUACUGAUUUGGGAGAAUCGGAUAAAAUCUACUGGUUUAAUUACAAAUCUGAUCGGUUGGUCAUUGAUAAACCGGCCAAUGCCAAAUGGAUUAAAUUUAACCCAAGUCAGAUCGGUUAUUACCGCGUUAAUUAUGCUGAAAAUGAUUGGAAAACACUUACUGAAAAUAUUGAGUCGUUAUCAAUUGCCGACCGAACACAUUUACUUGAAGAAAGUUUCAGUAUCGCACAGUCGGGCGAUUUGAGCUACGAAAUUCCCCUAACUAUGACUAAAUAUCUAACUAAGGAAACUAACUAUAUUCCUUGGGGAGUUGCCUCUUCACAGUUGCAACAAAUCGCUAAAUAUUUGCAAAAUUCGAGACUGGAUUCAGGGUUUAAGAAUUAUGUGGUCACUUUAUUGAAGCCGGCUUAUGACAAUUUGACUUGGGACGACAGCGAUGACAGUGAAGGCCAUUUGGAGAAGUUGGCACGUGUGGUUAUUUUAAAUCUAGCCUGUGUUAUGGACUACGAUGAGGCUUUGAAUGAGGCUAAAAGCAUUUUUGGGCAAUGGAUCGAUGAUAAUUCGUUUGAGAUUUCGCCGAAUUUGCGAUCGAUUGUUUAUAAAUUUGGUAUGGUAACUGCUGAUGAAGUUACUUGGAAUAAAGUUUUCGAAAUUUUUGCUAAUGAGACUGAUGCCAAUGAAAAACUAAAAUUGAUGAAUGGUUUAGCCAAUGUGCGAAAUCCAUCACUUUUGACCAAAUUGAUUGAUUUAGCCAAAGAUGAGACUUAUGUUCGAAGUCAAGAUUAUUUCACUUUGUUGCAAUAUAUUUCAUCUAAUCCUGUUGGAACUCCAAUUGUUUGGGAUUAUGUCCGUGAAAAUUGGCCCUAUUUAGUUGAAAGGUUUACCUUAAACGACCGUUAUUUGGGACGACUUAUUCCAGCGAUAACUAACCGAUUUUCAACAAAUUUGAAAGUCGAUGAGAUGAAAUCUUUCUUUGCUAAGUAUCCAGAGGCCGGUGCAGGUGCUGCCGCACGACAACAAGCUUUAGAAACUGUCGCUAAUAAUAUCAAGUGGUUGGAGAAAUAUAAAACGGUUGUCGAAAACUGGAUCACUGUUUAAUGUGCUACAAGGAACCUGUUGUAAAUUGCUCAAACUGUAUAUUUUUUAAAAAUUGUGAAAAAUAUACCU